AUGGUGGUAUUUGUCGACCUCGAUGAUUCAUUCGCUGACGGAUCGGCAUUCUUGGAGAAGCCAUACCCUUUGAUUGCUGACCCCAACACGGAGUCAGCCGAACUACCCACGUCGCAUACUUCCCCGAAUAAAAAGACCGAUGAGAUCUUAAACCCCAAUCGGAAUGGAUUCUCCGCGGCUUUGAGUUGUUAUCCCAUUGUCAAGGAAAUCGCUCGCGCUAUCGACUUGAAUACCCUCUACGCCCUCUCGAAUACAUGUCGUCAGUUCCAUCUGAACUUGGCACCGUUUCGCCAGCAAUUAGCGAGAGAGACCCUCCGGUGCGACAAUGAAUACAUCGAAACCCUAGCAGAGAUGCUAGACAGCGGCGCUGUCCUCCCAGACAGUGUCAAAUCAGUCAUACGACUACUGAGCCGUCCCGGCGGCGAGCAUAUCCGCAUGACCCGCGGGAAGGUGGGCAAAUGCGCGCGCGACAUGGUGGGCGAAUGUCGACGCUGCGCCAAGGUUGUAUGCAGAAAUUGCACAAUCAAACCCCCUUCCCAGCCAGCCCUUAAAAACCGUAUCCGCCGCCUCUGCCGAACCUGCGGCACAGCGCCGCUCUCCGCCCACCUCUCCCACACAAGCUCGGACCCGCACACCCCCGACCCGUUUGAUGAGAACAGCGUCGCGGCUAUUGCGUUCGCGCGCAACCCUUGUAAUUGUGAGGAAGCUGUCUGGCUGUGCACGCAGUGCGGAAUGACAUUGCGCACUAAUGACACGACAUACCGUCGUGUCUGGGCGUGGCGCACGCGCUACAGCACGUACCUCGGCGGCGGGUUGGGUACUGACAUUGGUGAAGGCUGCCAAGGGGUCAAGUGCGGGCGUGGUGAGAACUGUCUUGCUGCGCAGGAGAUUGAGCUUGAGGUCGACUGCGAGGCUGAUGAAGGGUCUGGGUCUGGGAGUGACACUAGCAGUACUGUACAGAGUCCUGCUCCUCCGUCGUUUGGUUAUGAAGGAAUUGGUAUCUCGAUGGACAGCCAUGACGAUGAGGAGCCCGGAUAUUGCAGGCAGGAAAUCAUUGGGUUGGGUGGUGUUGUUAAGCAUAAGUCUAAGAAGAGAGUCAAUGUUGGUGCAUGUGUUGUUGAGUAUGAGGACGAGAGGGAGACAGGGAAUUAUCUUGAGAGGGAGGAGAAGGGUUUGUAUCGUGGUUGGUGUGGGUGGUGUUCUAGAGUAAUUCCGGCGAAGAACGAGCAGACUUGA